CGUUUUGAAAUAUUGUUCAAAUUCUGUCAGAUAAAAUAUGCUUCAAAUGGCGUCAGUUAAAUAUUUAUUUUUUAAUUAAACGAUUAGAUACAGUGAAAUAGUGUGAAAAAAUCCGCAUUUUGGAUCAAUCAUCGUAAUGGCACCACGUAAGCGUAAAAUAAAAGUAAUUGCUCCAUCAAGUUCUCCAGAAAAGGCAAAAUUCAGUAUCGUCGUCAUCCAAACCAUCCUCAACGGACAGGAAAAUGAAACAAGCCAUGUAAAGUUACAUAAGGAACUUAAGAACAUCUACCCUACCAUCUCCCAUGAUUCCUUCAUGAAGUCCUUCAUCCAGGCAUUGAAAGGUGCCAUGCAGCAUGAAGAAACCAAUGAAUACGCAAACAACCGCUUGAAGUUAUGUGCAAAAUUCAUUGCCGAUCCGGACUACAGCGAACAGGACGAAACUCAUCCAAUCAUUUUGACCGUAUUCGAUUGGCUUCUGGGAACGAUCAGUCCGGUUGCUACAAUACGUUUCCGCAUCUGUCAGUUUGUCAACCUGGUGCUAAAUGCCAUGGGACCGGAAGCCUCUCUGGACGAUGACAUAUGCGAUAAAAUCCUCCGAUACAUGCUGGAACGGAUGCGUGAUGUGGCCCCGAGUGUGCGCGUACAAGCAGUACUCGCACUGCAAAGAUUGCAGAAUCCGGACGAUCCGGAUGAUUGCGUUUUCCGGACGUACAUUUAUCACCUGGAUACGGAUCCGUCGUUGAAGGUUAGACAAACGAUCAUCACUUCGCUGGGACGAAAUUAUCGUACCAUUCCGUACAUUCUUGAUCGACUCUGGGAUGUAGAGGAACGCGUUCGUCGGCAUACGUAUCUGCAGAUGAGCAGUUAUCCGGUGAAACAGUACAAAGUUGCCCAGCGGUUGACGUUCCUGGAGCAGGGAUUAAAUGAUCACUCGGAUGCGGUUCGGAAGGUGGUUCGAAAUGUGCUGAUACCACAGUGGUUCGAAUCAUACCAGAAGAACUACGUACUGUUUGUGAAGGCGCUGAAAAUCGAUGCCGACGAGAAGGAGCUGGAACGGUUUCGAAACACGGCGAAGCUAGCGUUGUUUGAAAUUUUCUCGAAGUAUGGAAUUGAGGAUGCUACGACUAUGUUUGGUUUGAGCGAGCAGGAUAAGACAGUGCCGGUGGAGAAUUUGACCAUCGAAACGGCUAUAUGUUGGCAAGCGCUUUUACAUUUCCUGCAGAAAACCGAUUCGGACGAACUGGAGAACGUGAUGGUGGAUUUAUCGACGUUCUGCAAUUAUAUCAAGAUAUUCACCGACAACCCUACGUCAUGCAGCUACAUACGAAUGUUGGCCGAUGAUCCCUCAAUGAUCACCGAAAAGCUGCAGAAGAUGUAUUUCCAGUCGAUGCUGCAAAUACUGCUGGAAAUAGUAGAUACGUUCGACUUUGGAGAUGAGUUCGGACGCGAAACCCUGAAGAAGGUACUGUCCGAUAUUCUCUGUUCUUGCGAUCUAGCCGAGGAGAAUGUUAAAAUCAUCCUGUCCAUCUACGAACGGUUGAUAGGUGAUGUCGAGACGCGAUUCAAAUUCUUCGUGGAUCUGAUCAACAGUGUGCUGGAGCCCUCACGGACAGACGUUUCAAACUCGUCCCGUUCAAUGGUUGAUGAUUAUCUGGAAAAGAAUCCGGAUAAGAGCCUGCAGAUGAAGAUUUCGUCGCUUCGAUUGACCAUCAUGGAACUGAAGGAACAGGAAAUGGUGAAGGUCAAUACGAAGGAUUACGUUGGGGCUCAACGGGUUUCGGAAGAAUUGACCAGGGCUAACGAAGAGUACGCUGCUCUUUUGAAGCCCAUUCUAUUAGAGGUUUCAUCAUCGAGUGAUGGUAGUACAAUGUUCCGUGAAUCAUUACUGAAACCGAAAAAAAUUACCAAUGCCACUAUUAACAAGUGCCUGCAGAUAUCGUUCCAUUUGGUAAAUAGCACAACCGUACGGUCUCUGACGCCUAUCGUAUGCGAUUUGUAUAAAACAUUCAUCAGCCGAUACGUGGAAUCAGCUGAAAUUUCAACCAGAGACUGGGCAUUGCGAUGUGCAAUAGCAUUCAGUAUGCUGUACGAUGGUUUGUCUAAGGAUACCUUCCAGUUACUGUUCCAACAGUUCUUCCGAAAUCAUUGCACUCGAAUAUGGCAGACCUCAAUUGAAGGCAUUUUCGAACUGAUGGAUCGGUAUGGAUUCGAACACUUUGACAUUGAGUCUAAGAAGGACGAGUCUCGGAAAAAUUCUCGGCAGUUGUACAACACAAUGGAAUAUCUUGAUCAGGACGAAGAUGCAAACACGUCCAACACAGGCACCGGAGCCGAUCUGAUGCGAAUGAUGACUCAUUUCUUCGAAACGUGCGAAGAUAAUGUGAUCUGUUCCGCCAUUGUGGAUGGAUUCAGUCGCAUGAUAUUGCGAGGACACUGUACGUCUCAGGAUAUCAUGGCAAAACUACUGCUGAAAUAUUUCAAUCCAACGACCGAGCCUAAGACUCAGCAAAUUUUGGGAAUAUUUUUUGAAAACUUGAUCAAAAAGAAACGACAGGAGAUCCUUCAAAAAGCUCUGCUGAAUACGCUUUUCAUCAUCCUGGAAGCUCCCAACGAUAGCCCACUGCAGGAAGUGAAGCCUGAGCAUGUGCUGAAGUUCGUCAUCGAUUCAACCAAGCCAGUUUUCUGUAGUCCGGGGUUGAAUCCACACAACCAAAUUGCUAUUCAAUUUCUACAGGUAAUGCUAGACAACUUAGCCUACAAAGAUUUACUGAAACUGCUUAGCAAGGAAUUGCUUUCUUUGGAGAUCUCAGACGAUACGGUACUGAAAAAUAACUUGGCUAAUUGCACUGAAAACAUUCUACAAGAGCAAACGUUGGAUCCAAAAAUCGUCAAAAACCUGACCGAUUUUAAACAAAUGCUGCAGGGAACCUACCGGGAGCCGCUGUCCUUUUCAUCAUCCAGAGUACCCUUGACUAAUGAAGAUAAAGACGCAGCAGCUAACUCAGAACAUGAAGAGGCUGCUCUGGAAGUUGCUGACGAAGAGGAAGCUCCUCGGCCGAUUGAUAGAGAAAUUCCACAAAUCAACAAAUCAUCCUUGCAAAAGGACGAUAGUGUACUAACCCAAUCAUCCCCAGCCAAAUCUCGAUCAUCUUCACCCGCACCCCCUACAACUCCUGUAUCGACACCCACUACGUUCGGGGCGGACAACACCUCGGGAAUGAAAUCACUCCGAAAGUCGAUGAACUUUUCACGAGCUUCUGAGAAGGCCGUACCCAAAAAUGUCUUCAAAGUCCCCGACGCCAAUACAGCGAAACAGUUGCGCCAGAAGCAGCAGAAAGCCGCGGUGAGAAAAAAUCAAACCCUUCCCGAAGGAGAUCCUAAAUCAAGCGAGCAUGAAGAACCGAGCACACCGUCCCCUAGCGAAACGGAUUCGUUUAUAAUACCAUCCACGCAAGAUGUCACCGCAUCGUCCUCCGACGGUGAUCAAUCUAUUCUGCAUCUGGAGAUUCCCGAAACGCAGCGUUCGGUAUCAGAGGAUAACACGAUGGAACCUGAGCAGCGGACACCUUCAAAGCGAAAGAAACCAACCGAAGAGGAUACCAGCGAGGAACACGUUUCUGCUUCUUCGGAUGAGUCGGUGGGUAACAGAAAUAAGCAGAAUGGUCAGCCGCUUGUUGAAGAGGACGUUGUCAAUGCGUCUCCGAACACUACGAUAUCCCGCCUCGAUCGUUCCAUUAUUCGGCCCGUGGUAAAGGCAAGUGCUAAAUCAAUUGUUCGCUUGAGAGGCGCAACUCCGCAGACUAUGCCGCGCACUCGCACCGUUGUUCGGCAAGAGAUCAUCAACAAGAAAGUUUUGACCCGCAAGUCAUUAACACAACUCUCUAGUGGCAAGGGUAAUUCACGUACAAGUCUCACAGGAAUAGUUCCACUGACGAAAAGUCCAGACAUCGAGAAGAGCAAACAGCCUACUGCUUCAUCUGCCAAAAGUGGAGCCGGAAGCACCGGGAAGUCAGCAAAAAGUCUACCUCAACCUUCUUUAGAAAAAACGACCACCACCACUAAAGCGGGCAGACGAUCAAUGGGAACGGCUACAAACAAAUCAGUUUCAAGCAAACGAGAUUCGUCACCCACCAAAGUUAAAAGUAAAACACUAGAGAAAACAAAAACCACAAAACAAACAGUCCGAAAAGCUCCUUCCGAUGGAGACGAAAAAUCGAACUCUAAAAAGACAGACGGAGCAUCCACCAGACCCAGCAGAAAUUCGAUAGGCAAGAAUGAUAAAUCCAACGGGUCUGAUGAUUUGCAAAAUACCAUCAUUCCUGAGAGGGCAUCCACCAGAAGAUCACUCCCAACGCGUACAUCGAGGAGAACUUUGGAGCAAGCUGACGUGACACCCGACAAAUCUGAUGAGAAGUCAUCAAAACCCAAACGUUCCACCACCAAGAAAAAAACCACAGACGAGAACAAAUCUUCAACACCCGCUGAAAAACGCUCGGUCCGACGGCAGCCCGCGGUUACUUCUCCCGCCACACCAUCGUCAAAACAGUCGAGCACCAGCACAAGUAGUCUUUCGCAAAGCAACACCAGUCAAAGCAGCGGCAGUCAAAGCACCGGCAAUGCAGAUAGCGCUUCAUCGCAGGACAAUCCCAGUUCGCCUUUAAAGCGAACGGUCUCGACGCGUGCUUCUAAAGGACGUGUUUCAGCUACGUCCAAACUGCAGUCGGUUUCCUCCAUCAGCAGCAUCGAAUCAACGACGACGAGUAGCCCGGUGCGUGCUAAACGUGCGGCGAUUACACCUCUAAGUGGCACUCGUUCGGGAACGCGUGCGACCUCAACACCAACGAGGCCGGUGCGAAAGCUGGCGAAGAAAUAGUAGGUUUCAGACUGUUGGUGCCGAGAAUAGAUACUUCCAGAUGUGCCCGAUUCAUGGAUGCAUGGUUCGUCUUCCUAAGGCCAUAGGAAAUCUACGCCGGAGAAGAGGAAAAAAAAACUUAAGAACUAAAAGGGACAAAUUUUUCUGCGACGAUAUGUGAAUUGUGCGGGAAACACGUAGCUUCAAGAUAACUUUUGUAAAUAUUUUUCGAAUAAAUUAAGUUUCAAAGUGACACCAACUACAGAGUUCU